CGGAGUGGACGUGUUUGCUCCGUCCAAAAAUACACUCGCACAGAUUGCGCUUUCUUACGUGCACCUCGCGGAAACGUACAGCCUAGGAAAAGAGCAAUAAACCAAUAUUUCACCGUAGUACAGCAAUUGUUUUACUAUCAGAUUUAUUCCUGCUGAGCAGGCAAAGAUUGUCAACUAUACAGCCUAUAUUAUAAACGAGUUUUAUUUAUGAUGUGAUGUUAAAGAUUUCCCAUCAACGCGACAGACAGAUAAUAAAUUAUUUAGCCGACUUUAAAGCGCGUAUUAUAUUCUGCUUACAAAAGUGCAAGUGGAUCUGUGAUAAGCUUGAUUCGCACUGGUGAAAAGUGACAUAAAGGUGCGUGUACACUACGCGCGCGGGUCGCUGACGGGCGAGACGUGUGUGUGGCGUGUCGUGAUAGGCGCGCAGCGUCGCCAAUGCGGCGGCGGCGCGGGCGCGAUGUCGCCGCCGCGGGCGCUGCUGGCGGCGCUGCUGCUGUGUCAACUGCUGUCGUACGGUGGCCACCAAGGACUCACCAAGAUAUUCUACACGUUACCUGACACGGGGCAACCUCCAAUAUUCAUCUCGCUAGCAGAAAACGCGAAUUUGGAUCUAAGAACUCCAGAGGAGCUUUUGUUCGCCAACGAAUCAGAAAAACACAAUGAAACAACAAGUUUUGUCAUAGCCGACAGUACAGACGAAGAAGAUGAAGAAAAAGAAGGCAAAGUUACCGAAAAAGUAAGCACGGAACCUCGACUCGUAGUCAAAGCAAAGCCUAUUCAAGAUAGACAGCCAGAAGAUUUACCUCAAACUACCCCUGCUCCGCAAGAUGUGGAACUCGUAGAAGAAUCUCAAACGGAAGAAGCACUCGAAGAAAACAUUCCAAUUAAACAAGAAACCCCACAAGAAGAUAUACCCUCUUUCUCGGAGUGGGCGCAAAAACAAUUAGCCGAGGCCGAAAAGAAAGACACCGUGCUGAACCAUUCAAGUCAACCUAGUCAUAGUAAUACGAAUUUCAGCAGCAAAAACACUAAAUUAAGAUCAAAAAAUUAUGCUUCGCCCGCGUGUGGCGCCAAAGUUGUAGCCGUAAACCCUGAGGCCGGUUCAGCCAGCUCUAUCUUAUCUCCAAACAGAGAUGAGUAUAUGCUCAACACCUGCAACAGUCGCAUUUGGUUCGUAGUGGAGCUUUGUGAAGCUGUGCAAGCACAGAAGAUCGAAAUAGCAAACUUUGAGCUGUUUUCGUCAACGCCCAAAGACAUCGCUGUGGGUUUCAGCGAUCGAUUUCCCGUUCGGGAAUGGGCCAGCGUCGGACAGUUUACCGCUCAAGACAUGAGAGACGUACAAAGCUUCGAUUUGUACCCGCAAAUAUUCGGUAAAUUUAUCAGGGUUGAAUUAUUAUCACAUCACGGAUCGGAACACUAUUGCCCUAUUUCUUUAUUCAAAGUAUACGGCACUUCCGAAUUCGAAGUGUUAGAGAAAGAAAGCUCUCAACACUCUGCCCAUAUAGAUGAGGAUGAAGAGGAUGAGAUAAUAGACGUUCCUGAUGUACCUGCCGCCGAAGCGGAACCGUCUAAGAAUCUAUUCGGUUCCGCUCGAGAUGCCGUGAUGUCCAUUAUGAAGAAAGCUGCUCAAGCAUUAGUUAAGACAGAAGUUCCUAAUAACGUUUCCAGUGAACACAAUGAUACAUCUACAGACAAUAUGUACAAAAAGUGUUGCUCACCAAGCCAUAUAAUAGUGUGUGAUAAUUGUAGUGAAACGCUUUACAAUGAUGUAUAUGAACUGCUUAGUUGCAGUUCGAAUAGGUUGACUAAUUUAGUGCGUCAAGUUUUUCUAAGAGACACUCUAAAGUGCACAAGUGUAUGUCAGAACUAUGGUUUAGAUUUUAAAAGUACAAAGACUGUAGAGUUUGGAGAUGAACGCGCGGCGUAUGUAAACUCUUUCUUCCCGCCUAAGUAUAUUGCAGCCUUAUGCAAUAUUCUCGCGAUUAAAGAGAAAAAAGUGGUAUUAAACACUAGUUUCGAAACUGAAAUGAACGUAACCUCUAAUAUAACUGUAGAUGAGUCGCCGCAGAAGCUUAAUAGUGAAACGAACUCUGAACAAGAACUAAAACUAGUUCCGAUUAAAGAUAAUGAUACGGAUGAUAAAAUAAAUGAAACCGUUCAACCAGAUGAUAAAACAAUUGUGCCUGAACAAAAAAAUGAGCAUGCUCCUAUAGAGUUACCUAAAGAUGACAAAGAUAAAAGAGAUAUUAGCAUAGAAGACUCUCAAACAAUUGUUGAAGAGCUACAGCCUUUGCCAGAACCGCAAGUAGACCCUACACCUCAAGAAAAAUAUGCGGAAGAGAAAAGUGAUAAUGAAAACCUAGACAGUCCAAAGAUUGAAAUAAAAAAUGGAAAAGAUAUAACCGUGGAUAAACCAAAGGAUACCGUGAAUGUAGGCGAUGAUAUUAUCGAUCAAGUAAUAAUUGAAUCGGAGAGUUUUAUAUCUGAAUUGGAUCAAAUGGCGGUUGAUCCAACUCCAGCCGGUGCUCAUGCUGCGUUAAAUCAGAACCAGGCACAAGCAAGUCUUCAGAAAGAAUCAGUAUUUUUGAGAUUAUCAAAUAGAGUGAAGACACUAGAAAGGAACAUGUCUCUAUCGGGACAAUACCUUGAAGAGUUGAGUCGAAGGUACAAAAAGCAAGUGGAAGAAAUGCAAAAGUCAUUUGAAAAGACAAUACAACAAAUGUCAGAGGAAAGGAGAAAGAGCACUGAGCGCGAACAGAAAUACUUAGAACAGAUGACACUGCUACAAGAUAAGCUUGCACAAAUGACUAUAACACUAGAAAUAUUAAUGGAGGAAAGCAAUACAUGGUUCGGUACUCUAACAUUCUUUAAAUUUGUUAUUUACCAGUCUAUAAUUAUUGUCAUAGCAUUUUAUUAUAUAUCGAAGAAAAAGAAACCAGAAUCUAUUCUAGUACCUAUUCCAAAGAAGACAAAGAAAAAACAGGAUAAGUUUCGAAGGAAAUCGGUGGAAGGUGUAAGCGGGCAUGCGACUCCGUCUGCUAAACAGAGGAGACCAAGUGAAGAAGCGUUCCAGAUCGUGAGGCAUUCGGACGAAAUAGAAAAGGAUCUGGAUGCUGGAGAAUGGCAAGUUGCUAGAAAGAAUAGGAGAAGAAAAAUCUCCAUGAUAGUUCACAGAAAUACUGAAGCUGAAGCUAAACAUAAUGCAAUAUCUAAUGAUUGUGUAAUGGAGUUACAAGAAAACCCAAUAACGUUGGAUGAGGCGGAAUUUUUCGCCCCCGUAUCGGAACCAAAAGAGUUUAUUGAGAAUAAAGUAAAAGAGUUACCAAAAACUAAUAAUGGAUUCUUCAAUAAUCUACGAACGAAAACCAUGAAGACCCGGCGACUGUCCUCGCCAGCAUUUUUAAGAACGUUCAACCGUCAAAGCAGUAGGAGUACACCGAGUCCAGUAGUAAGGACUUUGGAGCCUAUUUUUAAUGGAAAACUAAGUAAAAAAGCAGCAUCCGAAUCACCAACCGGUAGCCUCUGGUCAGAAUCCACAGAUAUCUCACAAAAUGGACACCAAGAUAGUGAAAGUGGAGGGAAAAAGAAGAAGAGUUUUAAAAAUAUAUUGAAAAAAGUAUUUUAAGAACUUGACCCUAAUUCACUUUUCACCUUUUAACCUGUGACGUUAAAAUCGUAACCAAGCUCAAAACGUUUUACUAACUAUGUAAUAUUACUAUCAAGUCAGACUGAGAAAAGGCAAUGUCGUAUCACCGUACAGCCUCAGACUUUUAAAUUGUCUUCAACUUUUUUUUUAAUUAAAUGACUUGCUGCUCUAGAUUCUACGGUAGUUGAUUUUAUAGUUGUUCAAUAACAUUUGUGAGUGUGUUACGAUUUAAAUGUCAGAGUAUAAAGAUGGAAACUCACUUGUAACAAGCGAUGUAUGUACAGUUACAUAAAAUCAUAGGAUUAUUUUUAUAUAGAGACGUUUUUUACGGUUACUAUCUUCAUUGUUUUCUAAUACCGAAACUCUAUCAUGCUCUGUGCUCUACCAUUUAUUUUAUAAAAGUGGGAUUUAAAGCUGCUUCCCUAUGCUGGUUGGAAGUGCUAAGGAAAUAUAUAGUAUUUCAUUAGCCAAAGUAAAAUGGAUCUAAGUUUUGAAAGUCAUAAGUAUAUUUUUUCCUCUCAUUUUUAUUUUCCAAACAACACUAGGAGGGCUGUCUCUAGAUAUUUAAUCGUACUUGAUGGCUCAUGCAAAGUAAAUAAGGUCCAUUGAAUUCAAUUUAUGGACGCCAUUUUGACGCUGUAAUACGAGUGUCCAAGGAAUUAAAUUUUGAAUGACUAAACACACUAUAUUGUUACGACGUACCAACCCUUCUGGCGCAGUAGUGAGCGUAGUGGUUUCUAAGUUGAGGUCCCAGGGUCAGUUUGGUAAUUUAUAGUUUCUGAAUUUUCUCCGGUCUGGUAUGGUGGGAUGCUUCGGCUGUGGUUUUUUGUCACCCUACCGACCAAACGUGAUUAGGGGUAUAUGUUUCAUAUAUCUGCCGUAAGCUUAAGGUUAGCCCGCUAACAUCUUAGACUGCUUAAUCACAUAAAAGAGUCGCGUUUUGUGUUAUAAGUGUGUUUCCAACGUAAGGGCCCUUGACUAUUUGUGUUGUAUAUAAAUGUCACUGCUUAAUUAAUUAAUUAAUCAUGUAACUAUAUAUGUUUAUCAAACUGUUGUUAUAAUAUUUAAAUUAUUGUAUAAAGUAUUUUGUGUUGAUGUUUAGUACUUAUCUAUAGUGUUCUAUAGAUAUACGAAUUGUGAUAAAUUAGGAUGCCUAAUGCUAUUUCGUUUUUUAGGGUUACGUAGCCAAAUUAAUGAGUUUCUUUAUAAUUUGGUCAUUGCCAUCUGUCUGUGCGGCGCAGCAAAAGAGUUCCUAGUGUUUAUGUAAUUAAGUUUAAAAUUAAAUGGCAAUGUAUCCGCUUUUAAUAAUUGUUAUUUGAAUUUUAAAAAAUACAAACAAACUUCAUUUCUCUGAUGGUUGGAAAUAAAAAUAAUGUUUAUCAAGGUUGUAGAUCACCCGUUUUCUAAACUAUAGGGGGUUUGGGAAACCAACGUGGCAUAAAGUCGGUUUAUAACUAUUUCAACGUUAUGUCAUGUUUAUUUGUAAGGCCUUUAAAAAAAGUAGUAAUACAUAAUAAAACAAAUUAUGCAAAACGCAAAGGUAUGAAAACAGUAUAAUUUUAACUAUAAGUACCUCAAAUGGAGAGUUCAUUUCGAUGUUUUUAAAUCAUAAUAAUAUUUCUUGACUAAGAAAUAUUUUUCAUUAAGUAAACUUACAUUUUUAAAGUUAAAUAAAUCUUGAAUUCUGUAGGUAAUUAAGGUUUAAAAGGUCAAUAGAUAUACUUAUUUCAUAUUCGUUUUAUUCGAUAACAACGUAUAAGGUUUGACUUAGCGGUCCAACAUCAUCAUGUCAAACAAUGUACGUCCACUGUUGGACAUAGAUCCUUUUUACGGCGUUCCAAAUACCACAGUAUGGCUUGUGCCGCUUGGGUCCGUCGGCUCCUGCAAAAAGUGGUUGUCAAAGAAAAACUGAGUCUAAACUUUUAGACCAUAUUUAAAAGAAAUCCUUUAGAAUGGUUUUCGUCGGAAAUGGAAUCUAGGACUUUAACAUAGAACAGUUACAAUGCAUACUGUUAAGCCUUAAGUCGUCAAAAACCACUAUAAUAUCAAGUUUAUUGACCGUCUAAUCCCUAAGUUAACUUGAAAUUAAUUUAAAACGUAACACCCUAGUUACUUAAUCUGUCAAAUAUAAUUUCGAAGUGGUCAAAUUUGAAGUUUGUUCGCAAUAUAAAAAAGGUACAGUUUUUUUUUAACUUUACCAUAAUAUAUGCACAAUUCACCAUGUAUGCUUUUUUUAUAUGAACGUGGCUACGGAACCCAGCGCGGGGGCGCGACUCCCGCUUGACGGUUUUUUUUAUUUUGCUACAAUGCCAGUAUACUAUUCGUUACGGACAGUGGACGCUAGUCCGAGGAAACAAAGAAAUGGCAUUAAAUGCAUAAUUUUA